UUUUGGAUGGAAGUUGUUUUUGGCACGGAGGGGCUCUUUCUUUAUCAUCUUAAGCAAAUCUUAUUCGUCGGAGACACCAGGAAUUAAAGCUGCAUGUAAGAGCACGCCAUCUCAAACUAACGAAACGACGGGACCCGGAGAAAUCCGCGAUAUUAUGAACAGAUGAUGCUUUUAAGUGCUGAUCUGUUUGCUUGCUGUUGAAUCAUCGGAAAGAAAGAAAACAACGUCAGGCGAGGCUCGUGAGAGUCACUGAUAGUCCGAUGUGUUUGUGUGUUGACUCAUCUUGACCCGCUUUGUCACAAAUAGUUUAAGCAUUUAUGAUCUAAUUAGUUUUAGACGACAUGUUUUGUUCGUUUGGUGGAAUAAAUAGUUGCUUAUUUGUUUUAUGUAACUGAGGAGUAAGUCAAAGGUCAGGUUAGAGUGUUUGUUUUUUCUUUAUUUUUAUUUUUUAUGCAUAAAUCAGUUUUAAAAUACUACAAUUGACUAUACAUUAUUAAUUCUCAUGGACGUUGAUGAAAGAGCAGCAACCUGUAACCGUUUACUCCCCCUGUCAUCAGCUCGUUGUGACUGACACACUGUUUACUCGUUUUAUUUAUUAAACGUUGUCAUAUUUGAGUGUGCUUUUAAGUGUGUAUCCGUUAUUCGUUUAAUCGUGUUAUUUAUAAGCAUGGUGACAGUAGAACGCGUUGAUAGCUGGAUUGCAUCACUUGUGUUUUGACAUAUCUGACGUCACUGGUGUUCUGUGUCACUCAAACUGUGCUUAAAGUGUGUUUGCAAACCUACUACUUCGCUAUAAUCGGACUGAUUUGGUGAUUUAACGGUGGAUUACUCAAGAGCUUUCGAGAGGGAACAUUCAGAUCUGGCACAGUCAGAGCUCCUCGUUGAUAUCCCCAUUUUUUCCCCGCCAAUGCUGGAUCUGGAGGUCGUUCCUGAGCGAUCUUUGGGAAAUGAACAAUGGGAAUUCGCAUUAGGGAUGCCAUUGGCCCAGGCCAUUUCUAUAUUACAGAAACACUGCCGAAUCAUCAAAAAUGUCCAGGUGCUCUACAGCGAACAAAUGCCACUCAGCCACGACCUCAUUCUCAACUUGACUCAGGAUGGAAUUAAACUGCUGUUUGAUGCCUGCAAUCAGAGACUGAAAGUAAUUGAAGUGUACGAUUUGAGCAAAGUAAAACUGAAAUACUGUGGAGUGCAUUUUAACUCUCAGGCAAUAGCACCUACUAUUGAGCAGAUUGAUCAGUCCUUUGGCGCUACUCAUCCAGGAGUCUACAAUGCUGCCGAGCAGCUCUUCCAUCUGAACUUCAGAGGGCUUUCCUUCUCCUUCCAGCUGGACUCCUGGAGUGAAGCUCCAAAAUAUGAGCCUAACUUUGCCCAUGGCUUGGCCUCCCUGCAGAUUCCCCAUGGGGCCACUGUCAAACGGAUGUACAUCUAUUCUGGAAACAACCUUCAAGAAACCAAGGCUCCAGCGAUGCCUCUGGCCUGUUUUCUUGGUAAUGUGUAUGCAGAGUGUGUGGAGGUGCUGAGAGAUGGAGCAGGACCGCUGGGUCUCAAACUUCGUCUCCUCACCGCAGGAUGCGGCCCAGGAGUGCUGGCUGAUACAAAAGUGCGAGCCGUUGAGAGAAGCAUCUACUUUGGAGAUUCCUGUCAGGAUGUUUUGAGUGCUCUUGGCUCCCCACAUAAGGUCUUCUACAAAUCAGAGGAUAAGAUGAAGAUCCACUCACCUUCCCCUCACAAGCAAGUCCCGUCCAAAUGUAACGACUACUUCUUUAACUAUUAUAUACUGGGAGUGGAUAUACUGUUUGAUUCUACAACCCACCUGGUCAAAAAAUUUGUCCUUCACACCAACUUCCCUGGCCAUUACAACUUCAACAUAUAUCAUCGCUGUGAUUUCAAGAUUCCUCUCAUCAUUAAAAAAGAUGGAGCGGAUGCUCACAGCGAGGACUGCAUUCUGACCACCUACAGCAAAUGGGAUCAGAUUCAGGAGCUGCUGGGACACCCCAUGGAAAAACCAGUUGUGCUACACAGGUCAUCUUCUGCAAACAACACCAACCCUUUUGGUUCCACGUUUUGUUUUGGACUGCAGAGAAUGAUAUUUGAGGUCAUGCAGAACAACCACAUAGCUUCAGUGACUCUCUACGGAGCACCACGUCCAAGUAGUCUGGCCCGCGUCGAGCCGAGCACCCACUGAGGAAGCCGCCAUGCCCACGGUGCCCAUCCAGCCCUGCAGAGCCUCUGAACUGACCAGUAGAGUGUGCCUCCACUCACUGCUGCCAUCACACAAGCUAAAGCAAGACAUGCUGGGAGUUUCUCGGGAGUUGUACCCAUCAUCCCUUCACUUCAUAAUAAUUGCGUCUCCUCGAUAACAACAUGGAGGCUUCAUUCAGCCUGCUAAACUUCAUGCUUACCCCAGACAUGCAUCAGCGUCAGCAUCGUUCUAGUACUUGUGGAUGCGCAGUGAUCAUUUUACACACAAGCAUAUUGUGUUUUCUUUUCUUUUAUUGCCUAACCUUCUAAAUUUCCAUACCAGACACACCAAAGGGCAAACACCGAAGCGAGUUGUCCGCUGCACGCUAAACACUUUAACAAAAAGCGCACAUGCGUUCAACUUCGUUUGCUUUGCGAUGCGCAGAGGACGAACGUGGACAAACUUCGGCCGCAUAAAUUCAGUGUUUCAUAUGCAUUUACGUAAGGUUACAAGCACAAGCUAGCACGGUGUGGAUCCAGUGCUUUGAAAAAACAUGGCACAUUAGCAGGCUCACACACACACACACAUACAAAAAGAUUCAUAAGCUCCUUUCAUAUCAAGUCAGAAAAAAAUUACCUCCCAUUUCAAUACUUUAUAUCCGCUUCUGUUGAUGUUUUGUUGCUCAUGAGCGCAUUAGUUUUGAACAUUUGCACUAAAAUACACCUAAUUUACUUGAUAAUUGUCUCCUGUCCACUGAGGAACGCUUUAAUUGCGAGUCUCGGAGAGAGAGAAAGGACGACGGGGGAGGGAACGACAACGAAGACGUGCAAUCUGGAUUUCAAAGCUAGUCGCAAAGCGGACUGGAGAGAAAAGCCAUCCACCCAUUGCUGUUUCUUCCUUCAUUGCCGUCAGUUGUUUGCUUUUUUUUCGUCCACGGUAGAAAAGACGUGAAGUUCUUUUACCUUAUUCAGUAUCUUAAAAGUCUUAACUGCAGAACUGUCUUCUGUUUGCCUGAUUGCCAAAACAUUAGCCAAAGAAGAAACAAUUUCGCUCCUUGUCAUUUUAAAUAAGAACAUUCCCUUUUUAAUUGACCCACACAGUCCCUGAAUUCUUUUAGCAUAGUAACUCCAUUGAUUUGAACCAUUUUAAAAUCUUUUAUCCUCUUGCUUUCUAGCAUAGUUGUUUCCGUAGCAAGUAGAUGCGAUGCAUUCUGUACAGAUCUGUAAAUAGCGUGCACAGUUUUCAUUGUUUCGUCUGGCUGACGUCUGGAUAUCCCUGACAUACUGAGAGUUUCUGGUUUUCUUUUCUCCGCCACUGUUGUUCUGGAUGGAGUAGCCUGCAUUUGACCACUUUCAGGAGGGUUUGACAAGAGUAAAUGGUUUGUUCACCUCUAACUACCGUUCAUUGCUGUGACACGUAGCCGCACAUGUGAAGUCAUUCCCACCUCCCGUCAGGCCUCUGCAGUGUGCGCUUCAGGCUAAUUCUGGCAUUUUUAGCUCUCCCUAGUGUUAACUUUUCAUCAACUGCUCUGGAAGGCUGUCAGCCUUGUUUUAAUUCAAUUUUAGCCGUUAGCUUUUGGUCAUUUGCAAGGAAGAUGCUAAUUUAACAUUGUGCCUCAUCUCCCACCGAGCCUGUCUUGACUUUUAUCUCUGUAAAUUAAAUGGUUUGAACUGCUUUGUGUAUGUCUGAGCAUGUAAAGCUAAAUUGAUUAGUCAUUGUCCUUUUGUUCUGGAAGAACGUACCUGAAUAUUAGAGGAUUUAGGGAGAAAUGGACAUGUUGGGUCUUGAAUUUGUCACUGAGGGCUGUGUUCAGUGGUUUUAAAUUGAAUAAUAAACUCAACAAACCAAGGUGGCCCUUCCUGAUCUGAAGUUCGUAUAGUGGUUGUUCUGUUUCUAUUGAAAUACAAUUAGCGUAUAGCGUAAAACCUCUUUUAAAUGGUUUUGUUAUCCUUAAAUUAAUAAUUUUGUCAUGAUUUUCUAACCCUCAAGUCUUUACAACUCAUGUGCAGAUACUUUUAAUCACAUUUAAGAUAUUUCAGUUCCUUUAUUGAAAGUCUAUUCAUCCAAAUCUUGUUCAUAACAGAUAACACAAUAUGAAUCCAUAUGAAUUGAGUGAUUUAACCCCAAAUUAUGGAAUUAUAUGGUUAACAGAUUUAAUCUUUUAUUGAUCAGCGAACAAUGCCUACCGCAUUACAAUUUGGUCAAAGAAUCUCAACCAAUGAGGUUUAUUCUUGCAUGUCACGUGGGCAUGAUUGAGUUACAGCAUGAACCAAUGAGGUUUGCAAGUAUGGUUGAGCUUUUUAUGUUCACGCACAAUGUUUAUAUGUAAAUAAAAGCCUAAAUUAAAUCUGGCCAUCGCCUAAAGCAAUUGUUUUCUGAAGGCUCAGAAAUAGCACACUUGCUACAUAUGGAUUGCAUAUUUUGGAGAGUAUGUUUUCAGUAAGCAGACUUUCAAUGGAGGGAUUAAAAAUAUCUUUUGUGUUUUGAAGUUCUUAUAGGUUUGGAUUGACAUAUGAUUGAGUAAAUGACAAAAAUGUUCAUUUUGAGAUGAACUAACUCUUUAAUCAGUUUAAAUAUGGUUAGAUCUUAAAUUAGAGCCUUCAUUGUCCAUCAGGAACAACACAACCACUGUUUCAGUGUCAUUUUGGGAGUGUGGUGUGAUUGCCUGCCCAAUCUCAGGUGGAUGUUUUUUGUGCCAGGAGCAAGCGAAUGCUUUUCAUCAAAUGGGUUUUGGCUGUAUUGUUUUGUCUUCAGAUUUUAUCCUAUUUUUGCAUCGGAAUGAGUGAAUGAAUGAUUGUCCUGAGGAUUGUACUUAGAAAUGGACAACCUCCAUACAGUGUAAUGCGCAUAUUAAUGCUAUGUAUUGUAUUCCUCUAUAUUGUAUCUUCUUCUUCCCCAUCCUCCAAAGUGAUUAUUUUUUGUGGAUUCAGUACAUUAAACCCGUUUCUGGAAAUGGGACUUAUCCUCGAUUAAAAAAAAAACAAAGUGUGUAUCUAAAUCGAUUUCAAUGUGGUGUUUUAUAUCUCAGAUAUUUUUACUUCUGUAGAUUUAAGAAACAUGUAUACAGAAAAUCAAUUUCAGGCAUUUUUGUUCUUUGUUUCUUUUUGUUUUGUUUUUAAAGCAAUAAUCAUUGCGUUGUUGGAUUAUAAAUGGUCUGAUAUAUGUUUGUCAGAAGUUUUGAACGGUGUGACCAUUGGAUUUUAGUUUCCACAUUGAAUCUACUGAAAGCAUUAUCAGUUUUUUUUUAAACUGCUAAUUUUGCAUUUUGUUCAUUAAAACUGUUACAGUGUGUUCAACAAAAAUAUUUAAGGAAUGGAUGUAAUAAAUAUGGGGGAAAGAAUGAAGGCA